UAGAAAAGCACCCAGCAGAAGGGUUGUUUGUUUGAUAUUAAUCUUUUGUUUUAAUUUUGCAAUUAAGAAUAGAUUAAGAAAUCCCAACAAACACGUGUAAUCUCCAUAAAUCCGACUUUUAUCGAUAAGAUUAUGUAACAUUUAUGCAACCUGCGAUGACCUCAUUUGAUUGAAUGCACCUCUUAAAUGCUCUCCUCCUGUAAUAGACUAUUUUUGUCCUAUAAACAGAUGUAAUGUCAUGACGCAAAACAGGCCUAAAAGCCCCUCAGAUGACAGGGUAUAUAAACCUGUGCACGACUCCCCAAGUGACACAGAAGUGCUGGCUCCCCGCACACCCCGCACGCAUGAAGACGGACAGUGUUGCGGUGCAGGCGGCGCCGUUCAGCGGGAGGAAGCAGAGUCUGAUCGAGGAUGCCCGCAGGGAGCGCAGCAGCGGCUCCGCGGGCUCUCCGGGGCCCUCCAGGUACGGAGACGGCUUCGUGUUCGAGGAGAAGGACGGGAGGGUCACCGUGAAUGUCCUGUUCACGCUCAGCAACGAGAAAAACGCGGGGUUCUUCAAAACUGGGAAGAUAUUUGAGACGUUCGAAGCCAAACUUCUCCACAUCGAAAGUCGACCGGGGAGGAAGUCAAAGAACAGCACGACGGAUCUUGAGUUCUUCAUGAAGUGUGAAGUUCACAGCUCCGACCUGGACGUCUUCAUCAACUCCCUGAAGAGAGUCGCCGACGACGUUCGCUCGAUCCCGGAGGAAAAAGUUCCCUGGUUUCCCCGACAGAUAAAAGACCUCGACAGAUGCAACAUGUUAAUAACCAAAUUUGAUCCGGACAUGGACCAGGAGCAUCCAGGAUACAGUGAUCCAGAAUACAGAAAAAGACGGGCUUUUAUCUCCGAGCUUGCCUUCAGACACAAACAGGGGGACCCGCUGCCGACCGUCGAGUACACAGCAGAGGAAGUGUCCACAUGGAGGGAGGUUUACCAGCAGCUGAGGAGUAUUUACCCGAGUCUGGCCUGCAGGCAGUUCAUGGACAGUCUGCAGCAGCUGGAGAAAGAGUGCGGCUAUGGAGAGGAUCGAAUCCCUCAACUCAGAGAGGUUUCUGCCUUCCUGAAAGAGAAAACUGGUUUCCAGUUGCGUCCAGUAGCCGGCCUGCUGUCAGCCAGAGACUUCCUCAACAGUUUGGCCUUCAGGGUGUUUCAGUGCACACAGUACAUCCGUCACUCCUCUGCACCCAUGCACUCGCCUGAGCCAGACUGCUGUCAUGAGCUACUCGGCCAUAUUCCCAUGCUGGCAGAUAAAGAAUUCGCCCAGUUUUCACAGGAGAUUGGACUCGCCUCGCUUGGAGCUUCAGAUGAAGACAUUGAGAAACUUUCAACGUUAUACUGGUUUACGGUGGAGUUUGGCCUCUGCAAGCAGAACGGCACAGUAAAAGCUUACGGCGCCGGACUCCUGUCGUCUUACGGAGAGCUUGUUUACGCUUUGUCUAAUGAGCCAGAGUACAAGCCGUUUAACCCAGAGGAGACAGCAGUGCAGCCGUAUCAGGAUCAAACCUACCAGCCUGUUUACUUUGUGUCCGAGAGCUUCGAGGAUGCAAAGAUCAAGAUGAGGAGAUACUCUGCAGCCAUCAAGCGGCCCUUUGCAGUCCGCUACGACCCUUUUACCUGCAGCAUGGAGGUUCUGGAUCAGCCCAGCAAGAUCCAAAAUGCUCUGAGCCAAAUGAGAGAGGACCUGAAGACCCUUCACGGCGCCCUGGAGAAGCUCGGCUCAUCUUAAAGACAAGGAGGAGAUAAGAACUACAAGCAAAAGUGAUGAUGUAUAUGAGAUUUACUAUCCUGAACACAACGUAGACGAAUUUGUGAGGUUCCACGUGGCCAUUAAUUGUGUGUAUAAAAGAAAUAAAUGUUUAUUUUCAUGAAGAAACGUCAGAGUUUUACAUUCCAGAGACACAGAAAAGAUAGAAAAUGAGCUGAAGAGAGACGUCCAGUGUUUGCCAGCGGAGAGAGUGAACCACUACAAUACAAGACUUGUAGGUCCAUUUUCUAGCUUUUAAUUCCAAACCGACUAUUUCCAUUUGGGAAAAUUCUUGGAACCCAUUUAUCUUCAUGUGUUAUUAAGCAAAAGGGAAGGAGCUAAUUAUGAAUGAUUUAAGUAUCAUGUUCCCUCAGCUGGUCAAGGCCAGAGCCAGAACUGGGGCCCAGCACAUCAGUAGGGCCAGGUCACUGGGACCUCACAGUCAACCACAGCACGGUCCGCAGGGCUGCACUGCUGACAGAUGCUCUUCUUGCUUUAUUUGGGGUUUCUUCUUCGUGCGAUCGGAGUAUUUGGCCUUCGCUGGGUUUUGACGGAUGUCCAGUGUUUUUGAUCUCCACAUAGGCGACAAUGCGCACCAGCAAGCUUUUCUCCAUGUGCAGGAAUCAUCAAGACUGCAUCAACACGGUGGCUGGCAGACCCUCCCAUUGGCCACCUUGUGUUAGGAAGCUUUCCCUUCCCAUAAUUCCAAUGUACAGUAAAUCAAGCCCUGCUCCGGCCUCACUAGGAAACCCUGUGUUUGUGGAUUGUGUGUGGAGAGAGAGGGGGGGUGGAUAAAGCAAGUGGAGGGAAAGAGUGAUCUACUACUUGACAAGUGUGCAGGGACACACACAUACAUGCAUGCGCACACUCUAUCUCUCCAAGCAAAAGUCAAACACUUUAUAAUUUCUUGUAUCUCACUCUACA